AUGGGAACAAAAGGGCUUUUAAGAUAUGCCCCAUCUCCAUCAUUUUCACCGCUGUCCAAGCUGCCGGCCUGCAAUCUCCUCCUGCUGAGGGCCCAGCGCCGGACGCUGCCGGCCUUCUCCUUCACGCCCAUCCUGCCCCACACUGGCUCCAUCUACCGCAGCGACAUCGUCCAGCCCCUGCACGCUGGAGGCCAGGGGGGCAGCUUCCAUGAGAAGGAUGGGAAGGAGGGGUGUCAGCUGAAGGAGGAGGUGGAGAACAAGUUUGACAAGUGGCAGGAGCCCGCCCCAGCGAAGCCACUGCCAGCGCCGCUGGACAGGCAGAGGGACAGGAGGGGAGGCCGGCGGUACCAGAAGAUGAAGGAACGCUUGGGGCUGACGGAGAUCUACAAAUAGGCCAACAGGAUGAGCGUUGGGGAUAUUGAGGAGGACUGACGGAGAUCUACAAAUAGGCCAACAGGAUGUGCGUUGGGGAUAUUGAGGAGGACGGAGGAUGCCUACCAUGAGGACCUUGGGUUCAGCCUGGGCCAGCUGGGCAAGGCUGGCAGUCGCCACAUGCACCAGACUCAGGUCAACGAGGCCAUCAAGGCCCAGAUCAGCAAAACCCUGCAGAGGACCCUGCAGAAGCAGAGUGUCACCUACAGGGACAAAUCCAUGAUUCGGGAGCACAGCUCGGGCACAACCUUCAGCCACCUGCAGAGGUUCAAGAUUGUGAACUCGCAGGGACAGGAAGUGACUGAGGCCAACCAGAAAUAUUUUUCCAGUAUGGCCAAGUUCCUCAAGGUCAAGGGGGUCAAAAUCCUCUAAAAGCCCCCUUGAAUCCCCAAAUCCUACCUUGUGCCACCCUCUCCCCUUCCUUUUCCAUCAGAAUUUGGGUUUUGAGGAAGUUUUGGGGGGUCCUCAAGAUCAAGGAGGACAAAAACAGGUUCUCCACCCCCUGACUCCAUAGGGACCC